AGCCCGCAGCCGCCUCAAGAUGGCGGCGCGCGUAGAGCGGCGCAACGCCGCUGAAGGGGGCGGGGGCGGCUGUUGUUGAAGCUUUAUUGUUCCCUCGGAUGUCGCAGGCGCGCGCCGUGUUCGCCGCGCCGCUCCCAAUAAAGCUGGACCUUGUGAAAGCAGUGUGAAGACCAAAGCAAGAGAAAACCACUAGAUCUGGGAGCCAUGGAGCUUCCCAGCUACAGCAAGCAGCUGCUGCAGCAGCUGUACACUCUCUGCAAAGAGCAGCAGUUCUGCGAUUGCACCAUCUUUGUUGGGACUGUUCACUUCAGAGCACACAAGGUUGUUUUAGCUGCUGCCAGCCUGCUUUUUAAAUCUUUGUUGGACAGCACAGACACCAUUUCCAUUGAUGCUUCUGUGGUGACACCUGAGGAGUUUGCAUUGUUGCUGGAGAUGAUGUACACUGGCAAGCUCCCAAUGGGGAAACAUAACUUCACCAAAGUCAUCUCUGUGUCAGAUAGUCUGCAGAUGUUUGAUGUGGCUGUUAGCUGCAAAACCCUCCUGAGAGACCUCAUCAGCUGUUCAACUCAGGAUCAGGUAGAAGUCUCUGCCCAUGCAGCAGACUCAUCUGGAAGCAGUGCUGAAGCUGAUAACCUGCCCCAGUCUGAAAAACCUGCUGCUGAAGGAAAAACAGAUGCCCUGCACCCUUCUGGCCCUGGAGAAGCAGAGAUGGAAGCAGAUAUUUCUCCACCUGAGCAGGGGCUGACUGUGAAUCACACCUGGCUUUGCCAAAAUGUGAUGCUGAGCAGCUCAGAGUCACUCCGGGAGUAUUCUGGCUCUUGUGCUGCCCAGCCUGCUUGCGCAGAGCAUGGUUGCUGUGUUGAAGUGGAGCCUGCUGAGCCUCUGGAGAAGAAAGGAAGAGUGAGUGGUUUAGCAGCAGAGAGCAAAAGCUGUAAACUGGAUUUCUUUCUUCGAUAUGAAAGUGUUUUCUCAGAGGCCCUUUCUGAUGCCCAAGCCGUGCUGAGAAGACUAGAAGAGUGCAGAGAAAUUGAUGCCUCUCAAAGGGAGGUUGUGCUCACCUGUCUGGCAGAGGCGGGGGAGCAGUCACUGUUCACAACACUGUUGGGCAAAGUGAAGGAUGCUCACACUCUGGAUGCUCAGACCCUUGUGUCUUUAUUAAAGCUGUUUCAAGAUGUGAAUCCCAAGCUGAGAGCAGCCUUGCUGGAGAGGGAGCAGAGCAGUGGAGAAGUCCUGAAGCAAACAGAGAGUGCAGAAGAGGGAGAGAUGCUGACCGCUCGUUUGCUGGGAUGCAAGGAGGAGCUAAUCCAGAGCGUGACACAGCUGAGCCCCAUCGUAGAGUUCUUGGAGGCAGCAGAAGAGGGAUUCCUGACCGCCUCGGAGAAGCGGGUAGUGUUGAAUUGCUGUGAGGGCAGAUCCCAGAGGGAAGCCAUGGACAGUCUGCUCAAGAAGGUGGAAGAGGAGAAAACCCUGAAAGCUGAAAGUUUGGUCAAGCUUUUGAGGGCUGUGAAAGCAUCAUUCCCUGGUCUCCAUCUUUUGCUACACAACUUGGAGGUAAAAACAAACGUCUCUGAUGGCAAAGCCAAAUGGAGUUUGGAGGAUUAUGGAGCCCAGCUGCUAAGACGAUACCAAGAAAGGUUAGUGGAGCACCUCACAGACACCCAGAUACUGCUGCGUGGGAUUUCUGCUGCACAGAGCCUAGCUCCUGCUGACAGAGAGGCAAUGGAACAGAUUGUGAAGUGCGAGACCGGCUCAGGUGGCUUCGUCUCACUCGUGUCUGCGGCGCUGGAGGAGCAGUCUCUGUCUGUUUCUGUGGUCUGGCAGCUGCUGCUGGCUGUGCGAGAGGCUGAGCUGCCGCUGAACGUGCUCAUGGAGGAGAUCCAGAAAGAACCGGGUGCAGAGCUUUUCUUCCAGGCAGUUGCCACCAGUGAAAGCACAGCCAUUGAGAUCAUCCUGCGGCACAGUGAGCUCAUCUCAGAGGCCAUUAAGCAGAGAGCAAACCAGGAGGGCUUGGCUCCAGGGGAAGCAGGACUCACAGAAGCAGUGAAAGAGCUACUGAGUAUUUCUGCUCAAAAGGAAAGCUCAGAGGCCUCCUUGAAAGCAGCUUUGAGUGCAGCACAAGAGAAGUCUGUCCCAGCCAUCAAGAUCUGUCAGCUGCUAUGCAAUGUCCACGAGUCUUUCCCAGACUUGCAGCCGGUGAUGCAAGAGCUAGGGCAUGUGGGGCUCUUGACUGAGGGAAGUGGAGAGAAACCUGGAAUCAGGAAGUGGAAGGUGAACAGUGAAUCCCAAGUGGAAGCUCUGGACAAAGAAGAGGACAGGGCAGGAGGUGCUGCAAUCAAGGAACUGAAGGAACCACAGGAGAAAGCAUCUUCCAAGAAGAGUUUCAUCUGCAAAGCCUGUGAGAAGAGCUUCCACUUCUUCUGCCGCCUGAAGGUGCACAUGAAACGUUGUCGGGUGGCCAGAGGAAAGCAGAUCCAGUGUAGGGAAUGCACUGAAGUCAAAUUGACAAAGAAAGAGCUGGAGAAGCAUCAGCUGGAGGUCCAUGGAGCGGUGGGGACGGCCAAGAAGAAGAAGAAGCGUCUUCCUGUGUCGUGUGACAUCUGUGGCCGAGAGUUUGCUCAUGCUUCAGGGAUGCAGUACCACAAGCUGACUGAGCAUUUCGACGAGAAGCCCUUCUCCUGUGAGAAGUGCGGGGCCAAGUUUGCAGCCAACUCCACGCUGAAGAACCACCUGCGGCUGCACACCGGGGACCGGCCCUUCGUGUGCAAGCACUGCCUGAUGACCUUCAUGCAGGCCUCGGCCCUCGCCUACCACACCAAGAAAAAGCACUCUGAGGGGAAGAUGUAUGCCUGCCAGUACUGCGAUGCCGUGUUUGCCCAGUCCAUUGAGCUCUCACGCCACGUUCGAACCCACACGGGGGACAAGCCGUACGUCUGCCGGGAGUGUGGGAAGGGCUUUCGCCAGGCCAAUGGGCUCUCCAUCCACCUCCGGUCCUUUCACAACAUUGAAGAUCCCUACGACUGCAGGAAGUGCCGGAUGAGCUUUGCCACCCUGCAGGAACACCGCAAGCACAUCCACGAAGCCCACUCCCGAGAGUACCACCCCUGCCCUGACUGCUCCAAAGUCUUCAGUGCCCCAUCCCUCCUGGAGCGCCACAUGGUGACCCACGUCGGAGGAAAACCCUUCAGCUGUGACAUCUGCAACAAAGCUUACCAGCAGUUGUCAGGGUUAUGGUAUCACAACCGGACCCACCAUCCUGAUGUUUUUGCAGCUCAGAAUCACCGCUCCUCCAAGUUCUCCUCCUUGCACUGCAGCUCCUGUGACAAAACCUUCUCCAGCACUGCUGCUCACCGAAAGCACGUCAAAGCAGAGCACUCAGAUGUGAAGUUCCAUGACUGUGAGAUGUGCAAGGAGCAGUUUCCCACGCUGUCUCUCCUGCAGGUCCACAUGAAGUGCCGGCACUCAGGGGCCCUGCAGCACCACGUCACCACUGAGCACUUCAAGCAGACAGAGAGCACCUUCACCUGUGGGCUCUGCGGGGAACUCUUCACCUCCCAGGGUGAGCUGGAGGGGCACUGCAGUGCUGAGCAUCCCAAGGUGAUCUUCACAGAGGCCCAAGCCACCACAACCCAGAUUGUACAGGUGAUUCAGACGUCAGAGCAAGGAGCAGCAGAACACAUCAUCUCUUUUGAUGAGGCCCAGCUCCCCGGCUCCCAUGUCGUUGUGACGUUGCCUGAAUCCCAAGCGAGCCAAGCUGGCUCAGAGCUGGUGAUGGUGUCUAUGGAGGAUUUGUUUGAUGACAAAGUGACUCUGAUUUGUGAAGAAACCCAGUGAUAGUGAGCAGUGGGUUCUCACGUGUGGCACCUGGUGCGCACUGGACUGUUUGUUUCCAGAGCCAUACCUAGGCAUGCUACUCUCACAAGGGAGGUUCAGGUUUGGGAUUUUUAUUUGCGUUUUUGGGAAAGCAACCCCAUAUAGAUAUGACUCUGACAAAAGAAAUGGUGUGCAGCAAGGACUACAUAGGUUUGUAGACAUUCAUAAGGCACUCACAAAGCUAUUUCUGUCUGAGAGCAGCACACGGGAUGUUGCUUUGCAGAAUGCAUUCACCUACCUGCUGUAAAGCUUCUUCGGUGCUGUGAGGAUGCAAUGCAUUCAUUGCAGCACACUGGCCCCUUUAAGACUAAAAUUUCAUCAAGUCUUUUUUUUUUUUUUUAAUCUGCAGUUUCCUAAAAUAUAAUCUGAUAAUUAAUGGUUUGCUGAAUCCAUUAUGAAGUGCAAUUAGAUAGAUGCAGGGUUCCCGCGGCUCAGAGGGGACCGGUAGCAUUUAUCUUCCUUUCCCUAAUGCCAAAAGGUUGAACUCUGCCGCUGCAAUAUUUACAUACGGAGCGGUGAUCCCUGCCACAGUCCUGUGGUGAGCAGCGCCUGCUUCAUCACACAGCCCAGGAGAUGAACAGAUUGGAGUUUUCCAGGAGGUUUUUGUGACGCCGUGGUAGUUGGUCAUUCCCGUUCCAGCUCGAAGAGUGGAAGUGAACAGCAAGGAAUGUGGUUUGUCCCCAGGGCUUUGCUGCGACAGCGGAAAGGAGGAAGUGUCACUCCCACUGAAAUCAGGAAUGACCAGGAGAUGGUGCUCAAGGUCUUGAGUAGUGCCAGCGGACAGGUGUCUGCUCCGCCGAGAGCCAGCCCUGCUGCACUGUGCUCCAUCAGCUCCUGUCAGGCUGAAGCUCAGCCCCGGGCCCUGCAAAUCGCUGCAUAAAGAAGAGGCUGGAGCCGGAGGGACUAAAACACAGAUGCUGCUGGGGUGAAGCAGUGAGGCCUGCACCCUGCACUCAGGUCAGGCUGGAGCAGUGAGGUCACCCUGGAGGGCACCAUCCAAUGGUUCUUCAACCACAUCAAUUAAUGAGGGAGGUAGAUGGGAGCUUCACCCCUCAGCUUGUGGAGAGAGAUGGAGGCGUCCUCCAAGAGACGGAGCUUGCUCUCCUCCUGGCUGCAGUCAGGUGAGCAGAGCUGUGCUGUGGGAUUCCAGCUGCCUGCAGAGAUAAUCCCUGCCCCUCUAGCAGUGCCCAACCUGCUGUCAGGCAUGACCAUGCCUCUCCCUGACAUGCAAAUCCGCCUAUUUUUCUUGCCCAUGGAAGCCGUGGCCAUAUGCCACCACUCCACAGCAUCGCUCUCCUUGUCGCAUUCACCCGCUGCACAUCGAACCCGACGUCGUUUGCUCUCUGAGCAUCCCCUGGCUGCUGUUAUUCAGUCCAGUGACAUAGAGGCUUUUUCCAGCCUGCUUACAGAUCACAGCGGAUUUGGCCGUACACAGGAGUAGGUCGGGGGAUCCCCGCGGCGUGCACGAGCUUCCAUUUAUCAACACGACGUUUCCCUUGCAGCGAGAUGGGUUUCUGUUAGCAGUGAGAUCCCUCUGCAGCUCCUCUCUCCCUGGCUAACCCAGAUAAUCUGCCACAGCUCCGUGGGCCUGUUAAACACACACAGUGCUGCUGUCCUUGCGCACAGCCAGGGCAGGUUGUGAGAUUCUGCACUCCCCUGAGCGUGGGAUGCCGUCAGGUUUUUAUUGGAAGUCCAAGCAAACAAAUCUGGAAGGAUCAGUGCUGCUGGUGGGGCGUUGGGUGCCAAGUUGUGUCCUCCUUCAGCUCUGGUGGAGAGGAAGGGGGUGUUACCAUUGCUGUAUCCCUUUGGGACCCUCCUGUGGUUACCCAGGCUGGGGCAUGCAGUGUAAUGAGAGCCCAGCUGUGUACACCCAGCUUCUCCCUGAGCAUCCUUCAGGAAAAUCAAUGAGGAAUAGGAUUUGCCAUGCUGGUCCAGCGUGCUCGGGGUCUUCUCUUUGGUCCCAUGCUGCAGAGGUGACCAUCCUUUGCUGCUCACACAAACAUUUCUUGCAACAAACAGUCCCUCCUGGUGGCCCCCCAGCCAUAGGUCACGUCCAGUCUAGUGCUUUCCUCUCCCUCAGAAGGAGGCAGCUGAGAUUUGUGAGCGUUAGCUUCAUUAUUCAGCAAUUAAAAUGUUCCGGCCUCGUCGCGA